ACACUGCACCCGAGUAACGCCUGCCGGCUUCCAAGGCCUUACAAAGAGCAUUGAUGCAUCCAAAUAGGGUACUGAAGAUAAUAUCUUAUCUUCAAGUAAUGAAGAUUUCUCAAGUACUGGGAGAGGGGGGAAGCAGUGAGACUUUAUUCAGGAGUCUUUCAAAAGAAACUUGAAUAAAGCAGUGUUAAAAAGUGAUGAAAUAGGAGCGAAACCUGAAAUGAGCAGAAAGGACAACAAUGAAAUGAAAGUGAAACAAAUUCAUUUCUCCAAAAGAAGCCUCCAAGUGAAGCAAGUUCCACUGAGAGCAGAAUGCCACAGCACAUCUCAGCUUGAAAAAGCAGCUGCGGGCAUGAUUCGAAGUGCAAGGAAUUUCAGGCUGGGGAAAGGACUUCUGGAGAUGUCUGGCUCCUAUUUAAAAGCAAGGUAUUAAAUCGAGGGCCCUGACAAGCCAAGUCUUGACUAUCUGUAUUGAGGAAAGUCCCACUACUUGUCUGGGCAAUGUAUUCCAGUGUCCAAUUGCUUUUACAGUGGAGAUUAUUUUUCCUUUUACCCGGACACAAUUUCCCAUGAAGAAAUGUGUUCAAUUGCCCUUUGUCCUGUGCAUUGCUGUGAAGAGGGACACAGCUUUUAGGAGUUGGAAAGCUGUGUUUAGACCCCCUAAGCCUUCUUUUCUCUAGACAGAAUAAAUCCAGUUCCUUCAAACACAUGCCAGGCUCUCCGAUCCUGUAAGCAUUGCUCUGGCCCUCUACUAGACCCUCUCCAAUUUUUCACUCUCUUGAAAUGUCCAGGACCAAAACUGAACGCACUAAUCCAGAUGCUCUCCAUUUUCUCUAUCAUUUUACUACAAAAUCUGAAAUUGUGUCAAGGAUCUUUUGCGUUACCUUGGAAUCACACCGAGGGUCCCUAAAACCCCGUGACGGGAACUGAGCCUGCUUCUGAAGCAUCUCCCACAGGGGUGAAACCACAGUUCGGGGAGAGGCUGUUCCAGCAGUCCCAGGCUAUCUGACAAACUCCCCUUGGAAGUUUAUCACAUCCAUCACAGCCUCCCGCUCCAAGUGCGAGGUGCAAUUCUUCAAACUGAAAAAUUAAAAAGGCACCCCAAAAAAAUCUGUUUAAGCCAUACCCAAAGUAAACCAUUGCAAUAUAUAAGCAGGCUGUGCUCCCUUCAUGGCCUUUUGCGGGUCUGUAUUCAGGUUUAUCCCGCUAAUGACUGCGGAGCACCGUGACCGCCUGGGUUAGCCAGCGCCUCGCCCCGCUGCCGGUGCCCGCCGGGCUGCCGCCGGGCCGAGAACAGCCACACACACCAGGAGAUCGCGAGCCGGACCGUGAAGGACACGCUUCAGCUUAGGUCUGUUACUUUAAACUCACGCCUCCGGUAAAGGUUUCACUUUCCCAGGUAAGGAGUGGCACCUGAGCGGCGCCCUGAGCGCUGCGGCCCCGCCCCCGCCGCCGUCACGGGCCGCAAGCGAAACCGAAAGCGGCGGCGGCCCGGGCUCCUGCCGCUCCCCGCAGCGGCCAUGGCGGAGCAGUGCCGGGACGAGCGCUUCCUCUACAUGAUCUCGUGCUUCAGGCCGCGGCUGAAGCAGUUCAUCCGCGUGCAGCCGGUGCUGGACCGCCUGCCGUCGCUGGGCGCGGAGGAGCGGGAGCGGGUGCGGGCGGCCGCCCUGCAGCGCGGCGAGGUGGCGGGCGCGGAGGAGCUGCUGCGGGCGGUGGAGCGCGGCCCCCGCGGCUGCGGCUGGUUCCACGAGUUCCUGCAGGCGCUGGAGCACGGCGGCUGCAGCCUGGCCGCCAGCUACGUGAACCCCAGCCUCAGCCACCUGCCCUCGCCCGCCGAGGAGGCCGACCACGACCUCUGCGUGCACCUGGUGCAGCUGCUCCACAGCACGCUGGUGGAUAGAAUGCGGGCGGUGCCGGUGGCCGAGAAGUGCCUGGAGUUGGGCGUCUUGCAGGACGAAGACCUGGAUCGGAUCCACACUGUUACUGACAGUCGUGGGAACAGAGAUGGUGCAAGGGAGCUAUUGAGCAGAAUAGUGCAGAAGAAAGGUUGGUUUUCUCCUUUUUUGAUUGCUCUGCGUGAAACCCAACAUGGAGACCUUGCAGAUGAUUUAAGCGGAAAUACAGGAGGAACAGAGAACAGACAAAAUGGGAUGAAGAAGAGUACAAACAAAGAAACAGAAGUUACCAGCCCACCAGGAUAUCCCCUAGUAGAGGAUUUGGAACAUCAAGAAAAUGUGAAUGAUAGUUUUAGCAGUGAGAAGAGUGUAUUGGAAACAUCCAUUAGAAAGAAUUCUGUAGAUUCAGGCUCUGAUGUCUCCAUAGGAGAUGGAAGUGUCAGUAACUUAAACGAAAACCUGGGACAGAGCUGCACAACUAGCGAUUCAGAUGAAGAUGAAGUGGAGACCAGAGCUUCACCUGAGCCGGCCUUGAUUCUGAGAGAUUACCAGAUGGAAGUUGCAAAGCCAGCACUGAAUGGGGAGAACGUUAUAAUCUGUCUCCCUACAGGCAGUGGUAAAACCAGAGUGGCUGUUUACAUUACCAAAGAUCACUUGGAUAAGAAGAAAAGAGCAUCAAAGCCUGGAAAAGUUAUAGUACUUGUUAAUAAGGUACCAUUGGUAGAACAGCAUUUACGAAAGGAGUUUAAUCCAUUCCUGAAGCGUUGGUAUGAGGUUACUGGUUUGAGUGGUGAUUCUCAGCUGAAAAUCUCAUUUCCUGAAGUUGUCAGAAGAAAUGAUGUCAUCAUCAGCACAGCACAGAUCCUGGAGAAUUCACUGUUAAACGCAGCUAAAGAAGAUGAAGAAGGUGUCCACUUAUCAGAUUUUUCACUUAUCAUUAUCGAUGAGUGUCAUCACACUCAAAAGGAAGGCGUCUACAAUAACAUAAUGCGACGUUACUUAAAAGAAAAGAUGAAGAACAGGAAGCUGGCAAAAGAAAACAAACCACUGACUCCACAGCCUCAGAUUCUUGGACUUACAGCCUCACCUGGUGUAGGAGGUGCAACAACCAACUCAAAAGCUGUAGAACAUAUUUUGAAAAUCUGUGCCAAUCUUGAUGCAUGUAGAAUCAUGACUGUUGAAGAGCAUGCCUCCCAGCUGAAGAAUCAGGUGAAGGAACCGUAUAAGAAGACUGUUAUUGCAGAUGACAAAAGAAGGGAUCCAUUUAGAGAGAGAAUUACAGAGAUCAUGGCAGACAUUCAAAACUAUUGUCAGCUCCAUCCAAAAUCUGAGUUUGGAACUCAACCAUAUGAACAGUGGGUGAUUAGAGAAGAGAGAAGAGCUGCAAAAGAAGAAAAACGCAAGGAACGUGUCUGCGCAGAACACCUGAAGAAAUAUAAUGAUGCUCUCCAAAUAAAUGACACCAUCCGAAUGGUGGAUGCAUACAAUCAUCUAAAUAACUUCUAUAAGGAGGAGAAAAGUAAGAAGACAGUAAGGAGUGAUGAUGAUGAUGAUGAUAAACCAGCAGUAUCAAAACAGGAUGAAACAGAUGAAUUUCUAAUAGGUUUAUUUCAUGCAAAAAAGAAACAGCUGAAAGAGUUGACUAAAAAGCCAGAAUAUGAAAAUGAGAAGCUAAUACAGUUGCGAAACACUUUAAUGGAAGAGUUCACGAAGACUGAGGAACCCAGAGGAAUUAUUUUCACAAAGACUCGGCUAAGUGCCUUUGCUCUGUUCCAGUGGAUUAAGGAUAACCCAAAAUUUGAAGAAGUGGGAAUUAAGGCCCAUUAUCUUAUUGGUGCUGGACAUAACAGUGAAGUUAAGCCCAUGACUCAGAAUGCGCAAAGGGAAGUUAUUGAUAAAUUCCGAGGUGGAAAUGUAAAUUUACUUAUUGCGACUCCUGUAGCUGAGGAAGGCCUAGACAUCAAAGAGUGUAACAUCGUUAUUUGCUAUGGCCACGUCACCAAUGAAAUUGCUAUGGUGCAGGCUCGUGGUCGAGCUCGAGCUGAUGAGAGCACCUAUGCACUUGUGGCUUCAAGAAGCUCAGGAGCUGUUGAACGUGAUGAUGUUAAUACUUUCCGUGAGAAAAUGAUGUAUAAGGCCAUUCAGCAUGUCCAGAAGAUGCCACAAGAAGAGUAUUUACAUAAGAUUCAGAAUUUCCAGUUGCAAAGUAUAGUGGAAAAAAAAAUGAAGGUAAAGAGAGAUCAGCGCAAGACAUACAAGAAAAAUCCUUCACUAAUAACAUUCUUAUGCAAAAAUUGCCACAAGCCAGUAUGUUCUGGAGAAGACAUACAAGUUAUUGAGAACAUGCAUCAUAUCACUGUGAAAAAAGAUUUCCAAAGUCUUUACCAUACAAGAGAAAAUAAGACACUGCAAGAGAACCAUGCUGAUUACCAGACAAAUGGGGAAAUUAACUGUAAAGAUUGUGGACAAGCUUGGGGGAAUAUGAUGGUUCACCGAGGUCUUGACCUGCCUUGCCUAAAGAUUAAAAAUUUUGUGGUUGUGUUUGAAGGCAAGGAAACAACAAAGGACAUUUUUAAGAAAUGGGGAGAACUGUCUGUCAGGUUCCCUGAUUUUAAUUAUGGAGCUCAUUGUCCUUCAAGUGAUGAAGAUUAAGGACUUAAAAUGAAAAUAAAAGCCCUUUUCAGCUUUUCUCUGGCUGCUGAUUAGAAGUUCCUGUAUCCUGCAGAAAAUGCUUCAUCAUAAACACUGAGAGCCCCUGAGCCUGAGGAGACUGUCUUGAAGAGUUAAAAAAACCAAGGAAGGAGAAGGAUGAAGUCUGCACUCAGAUUUGCAGUGGUAUUCCAGGACAAAGAAGAUGACCAAAUACUUUGCAGUCAUGUGUAUCCGUGGAAGAAAUUCCUGUCUCUACUCACUACAGUACAUCAUGGGGUGACAACACUGUCAAAAGUGUGUUAGGUCAAGCACAGAACAUAGGACAGACAUCUUGAGAUGUGCCAUGGUGAUUACUUUUUUUCUUCCUGCUAUAACCCUUUUGAAGAUAAAGUGUCUCAAGAGAGGAGCCAUGAAAAGAGAACAGAUUAGCUGAGUAUUAUUUCUGAAUUGCUGUUGCUUUGUCAGUGUUUUCAUGACUGAGUUGUUCCCCUCUUAUCUUUAGCUGUAAGCUCAUACAUUUUGACAGACUAAAAUUAAGUUUCCAUUAAAAGACAUUUCAAAAAAUCAAGUCCUUAAGCUAACUUGAAAUUGAUUAUUUUAAUGUCCAAAAAGUACAAUGCAGGUGACUUUGAGUGUUAGUUUCAUAGGAUCAUUAAACCGAUUAUAUAACGUGGUAUGUAUUUUUUUCAAUAAAUUGCUAUAAUGAUUAACCUUUUGCCAACUCAUACUGUUUAUUUUCUUUCAUUGUAAGUAUUUUGACUAUAAUACUACCAUGGUUUCAUCCUAGAAAUGUAAAGGAUAGUGAUAUUCUGACUGUAGAAACAGCAUAAUAUGUCUCCAUAUUUAUCUCAUUGACAGAUUUUUUUUCCCCCUCCCCCUAUUUGCAAGUAAGAUAUUGAAGAGUGGAAAGAAGGUCUGUUUGUUGUUAGUAGUAACAACAGCUUUGCAAAUUCAGGAUAAAGUAGUAAGAUUACUGCCUUGAACAUAUAAACACUUCAGUAGCCCCGGGUAAAAUUUCUACUUUACAACAUAGCUGAAAAAUAUAUCCCAACAAAAAAGAUGCCUAUUAUGGCUAGAUCUGUAAUUGCGCCACAUUUUUUAAAGUAAUAUAAAUACCAUGCUCAUUUUUUUUUUAAAUCAGAUUUUAUUUCAGGUUUGCAUCAGGACCACAUCUGGGUUUGGGUUUGGGUUUUUUUUCAUAUUUCAGGUCUUGCUUCAGUGGGAGGGGAAAAAAAGGCUAAUUUCUGACUGAGAAGAGCAGCACAUUUCAGCUAUCACUGAAAUUAUACCGGCUGUUUGGGGAUCAGUUACUUUGUUUAUAAACAUAUAACAUUGUAAAAUAAAUAUACACACAGGUGAGUUUUCACUACAGCAGUCUUGUAGGUGCCUAAACUACAGAAAUCGUGGUUUAUUUGUGGGUUGAAAUGAUUCCAUGACAAUGAUUUAUACCAAUAAGCUCUUACCUUAGACCUUGUAAAAAAAAAUAAGUCUUAUUCAGAGUUAAGAGAUUAUAUAUGUAAAGGUGUUUUGAGACACAUCAAUUCCAUGGGUAUUUUUGAUUGAUACAACUAAAGCAGGAAACGCCACUUGGAGAUAGGGAGGGUAAAUGGUUUGUAGUAUAUGUGUUCUAUAUUUGUGUAUAUCUUUCUAUAAUGCUAUUCAUAUUUUUAUGUAUUGUGCAGGGCACAACAAAUGUGAAAUCUUCACCAAUUUCUUUAUUCAUCAGCAGAUACUUAAUUAGUUAAAAAUAGUAAACCAUUCCCCUCAUCUGUUGUUCUUAGGAAGUCUAAUUUAUUCUCCUUGUUUUGUAAUAUCUUGCUUAAUACUAAAGCUUUUGGCUGCUUUUAUAAUCUGCUGAUUUAACAUUAAAUGCUGGACAAAUUUUACAUUUUUUUCACAUUCAUCUGAGAAUCUAUUUUAAAAUGUUGGAGAAUGAUUGAUAGAUUCCAUGUAAUUUAAAAUGUAUUUUGUUCAUGUACUCGGUAUCUGAUAAGGUGCUAUGAAAUAUACUAAAAAUUAGUUAUUAGCAUAGUCUCUCUUGGCAAAUAAUCAUCAUCCAGAUCAUCUGUGGAUUUCUGUAUUAAUGAGUUAUUACAGUUAUGCAAAUGUAAUACACCGUACAUAGCAUUU